AUGGCCACCAUAAAUACAAGGAAAUUCUCCCGUAUCACUCAAAAUAAUCUUUUCAAGGUCAUAAGAGAGGCAUACGAUGGAUCAACCAAUCAAACCCUCAUUCUGCAACGGGAGGUUUUGCCCUUAAUCAAUGACAUCUGUACAUUCAGCCAGCUGCAAAGAGAGACUAAUGUUAACAAGGUUAUGAUAGAAGACAAUGAAUCGUUACAGAAUCUCAAUUCAGAUGCAGGCAUAAGUAGCUCGCAAUUGUUAUUUGUGAUCGACGUACGAUCGGAUUUAGCAGUUAAAAACGAAAUUAAACAGGCCAUCCAAGCAACGAGAGGUGAAGUUAUUUACCUAAGCUGGGACCAAGAACCAUCGGAUAGACAAGGAAAGCUUUUGCACUAUCUGAAUCUCGAAUUGGGAUCAAAAACUAAGCUCAGACGCUGGAAUGUACUACCACGCUGUUUUUUGGACGACAACCUUUUAACGUGCAACGUCCUGUACAAUGUGGAUAGCGAAAGUCUUUACGUGCCGAAAACGUUUUCUAUGAGCAAAGUUACGCGACAUCUUCUCACGGAGAAUUUAGUAAACGCUGUUCAAUCCAUACUUCAGCAAACGGGACUUUUCAUCACGCAGGCGGCUUCGUUUGGCCCCAACUCGCAUGCGGUGGUGGAUCUUCUUAAGAAGCGCUUAGAGGAACGCAAAACUCAUGAAGAAGCUUUCAUUGAAGACGCUCUGUAUGGCAACCAGCACUCGGGAUUGCAGUGUAAUUUAAUCGUGUUAGAACGCCAAGCAGAUUUUCUUACGCCACUUUUAUCGCAACUGACAUAUGCUGGCAUUGUUGAUGAUCUGUACACAAUGAAGGAUAAGAAACUCGAAAACCCCCCGAAGCUAGAUGACGUUGAGCUACGACCCUUGGACUAUUUAGAAGAUGAAGUCUGGAGGGAGCUCAAAUUCAAGAAUUUCGGAGUGGUGGGACCUCGUCUCAACGAGAUGGCCAAAGAUUUGCAGAAAAAGUACGACGAGAGGCAUAAGGCCGAAAGUGUGGGCGAGAUCAAGGAAUUUGUAGAAAACUUGAGUGGCUUACAAGAUUUACAAAAAACUCUUAAAAUGCAUACGGCUUUAUCGUCCAAUAUCGUCGCCGAGGUAAGCAAAGAUGAAGAGAUUAGAGGCGAAUCAAUUUUCAAUCGAGUUGUUGAGUUCGAGCAAGACCUGGUAGCGGGGAACAUGAGCCAACGGGGCGGCUGUGACAAACUUUUGGAAUUCAUGUACGAGGAUGAUCUUUCUGAAUCACGAAUCCUGCGUCUGUGCUCGCUUUUUUCGCUGGUAAGUAACGGGAUACGCGAGCGGGAACACAACCUACUGAAAACUGAACUUGUGGAUUCUUUUGGUAUUAAUAUUCUCUUGAGAUUGGAGCGAUUGACGAGGGCUGGGUUGUUCUUGAGCAAAAGUUCUCACGGGCGGUAUGGACCCUGGCGUGAUUUCCAUGCGUUGUCUUCGGCCAUCGAAUUAUUACCACAGAGCGAAACGGAUGGAGAUCCUGCUAAUCCAAAAGACGCUUCGUUUGCUUAUUGCGGUAUAGUUCCUGUCACGACACGAUUGGUCCAGCUGCUCUACGAUCGUUCUUUUAUUGCCAAAACAUAUUCUGCGCAACAGCCUUUCAUGAUCUCGAGAACACCCUCAUGGCGCGGACUGGAGGACUUCUUCUCGCAGGAGUACGGUCCUAAUAUGGCACGAGAACAAGUUUGGGACCGCUCUGACGCGCCAACCACGAAACAUGUAGGAGAAGUAGGAUCGAAAGUUUCAGAUCCCGUUCUCGUGGUGUUUCUGGGUGGUGUGACGCUGGGCGAAGUCGCAUGUUUGCAAUUCUUGUCCGACCAGUUGCGUGCAAAGGGUAUUCGAAAACGGUUCAUCGUGCUCUGCGAUGGACUCACGGGCGGCAUACGCAUCCCUGACGUUUAA